UGCGGUAACAUUGUUGUGGAGUGACGUCACGGGCAGAAAAUGAAGGCGCAGAGGUAGCCAUUAUUGGAGGCUCUGUAAUUAUUAAAUCCAAAUAAAUAUUGGCGGAAAACGUCCAUGGCAGGAACCACUAGUCAAGUGUAUGAUGCUGUUCCCAUUCAAUCCAAUGUUGUCAUCUGCUCCUGCCCGCAUCCAUCAAUGGUAAGAAAUCACCCAGACUCCAGCUCGCCACUUGCUGUCCCAGGCGCAAGUAGCAGCCACUGUCCCAGCAUGGAGGGCCCAGCCGCAGAGUCCAGGGCCUCAUCAAAGCCGUCUGACAGGGGCGGAGAAUCACGGCCACAUCCUCCACAGUCCCUACAGCCACGCAAGAAGAAGCCGGAGGACUUCCGUUUUGGGAAAAUUUUAGGAGAGGGAUCCUUCUCCACAGUUGUACUGGCAAGAGAGCAUUCGACUGGAAAGGAAUAUGCAAUUAAAAUUCUGGAAAAACGACACAUAAUGAAGGAGAACAAGGCACAAUAUGUGAAAAGAGAGAGGGAUGUGAUGUCAAUUCUAGAUCACCCAUUCUUUGUCAAGCUGUACUUCACAUUUCAAGAUGAUGAAAAACUGUAUUUUGGGCUUAGCUAUGCUAAAAAUGGAGAGCUGCUUAAAUACAUUCGCAAAAUAGGUUCUUUUGAUGAGACAUGUACUAGAUUUUACUCUGCGGAAAUAGUUUGUGCAUUAGAAUACUUGCAUUCAAAGGGGAUUAUUCACAGGGACCUUAAACCAGAGAAUAUUCUGUUAAGUGAAGAUAUGCACAUUCAAAUAACAGAUUUUGGAACAGCAAAACAGUUAUCUUCUGACAGCAAACAAGCAAGAGCAAACUCGUUUGUAGGCACUGCCCAAUAUGUUUCCCCUGAACUGCUCACAGAGAAAUCUGCUUGCAAAAGCUCGGACCUCUGGGCUUUAGGUUGUAUAAUCUACCAAUUGGUGGCAGGAUUACCACCAUUUAGAGCUGGGAAUGAGUACCUAAUAUUCCAGAAAAUCAUAAAGUUGGAAUAUGAAUUUCCAGAGAAAUUCUUUCCUAAAGCAAAGGAUCUUGUUGAACAGCUUUUGUCUUUGGACCCCACCAAACGUUUAGGCUGUGAGGAGAUGGGUGGCUACAACCCACUGAAAGCUCACCCCUUCUUUGAAAGCAUUACCUGGGAGAAUCUUCACCUGCAGACCCCUCCCAAGCUCACCCCCUACCUGCCUGCCAUGUCAGAGGAUGAUGAGGACUGCUAUGGAAACUAUGAUGACCUCCUGAGCCAGUUCAGCAGCAUGCAGGUGUCUCAGUCAACAUCUUCACUGCCUGUCCCUGAGUCCACUCCCCCACAGAGGUCCAACAGCAACAUUGAGCAGUACAUCCACGACCUGGACAACAACUCCUUUGAGCUGGAUCUGCAGUUUUCCGAUGAGGAAAAGCAACUGUUGCUGGAAAAGCAGACUGUGGGAAACCCCUGGCACCAGUUUGUUGAAAAUAAUUUAAUACUAAAGAUGGGGCCAGUUGACAAGCGGAAGGGACUGUUUGCUAGACGACGCCAGUUACUCUUGACCGAAGGGCCGCAUCUUUACUACGUUGAUCCAGUAAACAAGGUUCUGAAGGGGGAGAUCCCGUGGUCUCCAGAGUUGCGUCCAGAGGCCAAGAAUUUCAAGACCUUCUUUGUUCACACACCCAACAGAACAUAUUAUUUAAUGGACCCCAGUGGAAAUGCUGACAAAUGGUGCAAGAAGAUUCAAGAAGUGUGGCGGAAGAAAUACCAGAAGCACCAAAACACGGGCAUAUAGGUCCCUUCGGCGCCCCGAGGGUCUCGUUAGCUGCUGCUUUGCUGAGGCCCUCCAGCCAUGACUGGCAUGUCAUGGAGCAAAGAAACACCUUCCCUAGUGUCCUUUACCACCAGUUUUAACACCUCCUUUAGAAACGCUGGUCUCCAGGCUUCGUUCACCUUCUAUAGAAAAAAAAAAAAUAGGAAAAAGACAAAAUGGAAUUCAGGGUUGCUUUGCUUGUUCUCUGUGCUGUAGUUGAGGCUUCAGAUGCACAAUUUAGUUAUGUGCGCAUGAAUAUCCAGCUUUCACGCACGUCGGCUCUCCUGCGACAGGAAGAAGUACAGCAGAAAUAAUGACUGAAACAGCUGUGUGCGUGGACUGCAUUGAGGGGAUUAACUUUGAACUCGACACGCACAAACUUGCAGGCAGUAUAAGGGUCUAGCUGUGAUCACAGGUCCAGGUACAGUCCUGCGACCUACUCUUACUUUUUAAUCACAACUGUCAGGGAGCCUUAAACAGACAAAAUGGUAACUCUUAAGAGUGUAAAACGUUCCUUUUCACAUCUGGCUUUUUCAGUAUCGGCAGUUGCCUGUGAUUGUCAUUUCAUAUUAUAGGGGUUCUUUUUAUUUAAA